ACUCUAGGACAGCAUUCAAGGCUUUUAGGACCAUAAUGGAUAUUUUGGGGAAGGCUUGUGACAUAAUAGGUCUAUGCUUGCAAUGCCUUUGAUUUUGUUGGAAAUACUUGCUGUAAUGCUAUGAGACACUCUGAGCUCCAGAAAUAGACUGGCUGCUUGCUCUGCCAUCGACUGUGAUUGGUAAAGACUGCAAGACAGAGAUAACACUCUGACAGGAUGGCAUCACAGGACGGGGAGGAGCCUCCUCCAAAUGGCAGCCAAACAGAUAGUCGUCUAAAGAGCAAGAAGCCACCCAGCCUUGUAAUAGUCAUCCCUCCACCUGAGCAGAUGAUGUCACACGGCCCUGAAAAACGGCCAGUGCGACCGUCUCUGAAAAAAAGUGUAAGUGGCCAAGCAACUGGUUCUGUGUCUGAGAGCGUCACUGGAGCCGGAGAUGGAGGCUUUUCAGCCAGAGACAGAAGGUCGAAGUUUGGUAGACAAACAUCACUGUCACAAAGCAUCCGAAGGAAUACAGCCCAGUGGUUUGGGGUAGGCGAAGACUGCGAGACCAAGCAGCAGGUAUGGCACAGGAAGAGCCUACGCCACUGUAGCCAGCGCUAUGGCAAACUGAAGGCCCAGUAUAGAGAGCCUGAGACGACCACCAGCAUCGACCAGAACCUGGACUCGCCAGCCACACAUAGGAUGCCCAAGAUUGUUGACCCCCUGGCACGGGGUCGAGCUUUCCGUUGUCCAGAUGAGAUGGACGGUCGCUCCCCGAGAACACCUCAUGCCACUCCAGGAGUUCCUGUCACACCGGGGGUCACCUCACUCAGCUCCUUCACCAGCCAGCGCUCCGGGUACAGCCGCUUCCCUAGAAGAAAGAGAGAAUCUGUCGCCCGCAUGAGCAUCAGGGCUGCGUCCAACCUGCUGAGGGGCCGUAGUGGUUUGGCAGGCUCACAGACUGGUCGCAGCUUCCCCAGAAGGAGCUUCGCCAGACCCAGCUGGAUGGACGAAGAUACUGUGGAUUCUGCAGACGCAUCCGAGUCGCUGUUCUUUAGCAAGGUUGAUGCCCAUGAUGAGUUAUACUCUAUGGCUGAUGAUGUAUUUGAAUCGCCUCCCAUAUCGGCCUCUUUUGCUCCGUGCGAUCAGCCUGACAUGAAGUUCUCCAACCUUAAGGACAUGAUUCGGACCCCCAGGACACCAAAUGUGAUACCCGAAAAGAGUCAUCCUCGUCGUGGUGGUCGCAUUGCCUCCCAAGUUAAGCACUUUGCAUUUGACAAACAAAAGCGUCAGUAUGGUAUGGGCGUUGUGGGGAAAUGGCUCAACCGACACUAUCGACGCAGCCUCAGCAGCAACGUCCAGAAACAGCUGGACGACUUCAGCAGCCACAGGCCCUACUUUACCUACUGGAUUACAUUUGUCCACAUAGUUAUCACAUUGCUGGCCUGCUGCACAUAUGGUUUUGCCCCUGUGGGGUUUGCACAACAUUCUACAUCUGAACUGGUGCUGAAGAACAAGGGCAUUUAUGAGAGUGUCAAGUAUACACAACAGGAGAACUUCUGGAUUGGUCCCCGCUCUGAUGAUCUGAUCCACCUGGGGGCCAAAUUCUCACCCUGCAUCCGUCAGGACACACAGAUCGUCAGUCUGAUCAAGAAGGCCAAAGACCUUGAACGAGAAUCUGGCUGCUGUGUUCAGAAUGACAACUCUGGAUGUGUGCAGACCCACAGCUGGGACUGCUCUGAAACGCUGGCCACCUUUAUUAAAUGGAACAAUGAAAAUGUGGACAUCAGCAGGUCUUCUGGUUCUGUCUGUCACCAGGAUCCCAGAGUGUGUGAAGAGCCUGCCUCUGCUGAGCCUCAUACGUGGCCAGAUGACAUCACUCAGUGGCCGGUCUGUACAUAUCCACAAAAGUGGAACCACACAGGCUACAGACACAUGGACUGUAACAUCAAGGGACGGCCUUGCUGCAUAGGAACGAAGGGCAGAUGUGAGAUCACAACCAGAGAGUAUUGCUCUUUCAUGCAUGGAUACUUCCAUGAGGAAGCCACACUCUGCUCACAGGUACACUGUCUAGAUGAUGUGUGCGGUUUGUUGCCCUUCCUCAACCCUGAUGUUCCUGACCAGUUCUACCGUCUCUGGCUCUCUCUCUUCCUCCAUGCUGGGCUUUUACACUGUGUGGUAUCAGUAGUGUUCCAGAUGACCAUACUGAGAGACCUGGAGAAGCUGGCAGGUUGGGCACGCAUCUCCAUCAUAUACAUUCUCAGUGGCAUCACUGGUAACCUUGCCUCUGCCCUGUUCCUGCCCUACAGAGCUGAGGUGGGUCCCGCAGGGUCUCAGUUUGGCCUCCUUGCUUGCCUCUUCGUUGAGCUGUUCCAAGGUUGGCAGAUGCUGGAGAAGCCGUGGAAGGCCUUUCUCAAACUGGUGGGCAUCGUCCUCUUCCUCUUCCUGUGUGGCCUUCUGCCGUGGAUCGAUAACAUCGCCCACAUCUUUGGCUUCCUCAGCGGCUUGCUGCUGUCCUUUGCCUUCCUGCCCUACGUCACCUUCGGGACAUUUGACAAGUAUCGGAAACGUAUCCUCAUUGUUGUCUCGUUGUUGGCCUACAUCGGCCUGUUCUCUUCCCUCAUCGUUUGGUUUUAUAUUUACCCAAUUAACUGGCACUGGCUGGAGCAUCUCACUUGUCUGCCCUUCACAAGCAAGUUUUGUGAAAAAUAUGACAUAGACCACGACAUUGACCAUGUGGUGCUCUAGUCUUUAAGAUCCUGAUGACACCUAAGAGGAGCUUCUGUGCUGCUGGUCCACUACUGAUCAUUGUGGUGACCUUUUAAGAUUUGGCAAUCAUAUUUUUAUUGUUUUCUGAUAAAGGAUCUGCUUAAAAGCCAUGUGAAUUGGAAGAGGAUCAGCCUGUUCUCAUCAGCCUGCUGACUUGCUUACUCCCGGAAAGCUUACUCAACCUUUUCAAUCCCCAGCCAAAUCUGGUACGACUUCGUGGUUUGUCCUCAGAAUCAGAGGGCAGGAAAAGAUACUCAGGACAUUAAAACUGAAACAAGCAGGAUGGACACCAAUGAAAACAUUUAUAGAGCAAGACUGACAGGCCUCUUCAUUUUACAAAGUCACUUCAAUCUAAAGACAAUGGGAAUGUCUCAGUCAGUUUCCCUUUAAUCCCAUGAACAACAAACCGCUGCAGUGAAAAGAAAGACUGGUGCAUAAAUGGUUCAUCAGGUAUCUUGUAGCCCAGUAAACUGAGAUACAUUAGAUGCUUCCGAACCGUAAUUCUUGUUUUCAGCCACACUGGAUUUAACACUACAAAAGCUAUGUUCUGCUGCUUUUCAAAAUAGUGAGAAGUGUUUUUCCGAACCAAUUAUAAAAUUUUUGCUCAUUGUAUGUAUGCACACUUGGCAUGUCAAUCAAUAUUGUUUGAAUCCUGAAAUGGUAUGCUAAAGGUAACGAUAUUUUCCAAGUAUUCAUUGUGCAGCUGGAAUAGGAAAAAUCUAAUAUCAGUGGUCAACUAAGGCAAGAUUUCUAUCUAUAACCACUAGUUGCCUUAAACGGACUAUGCCAUUUUACAAAGAUGCCUCACUGUAGUUUUGCAUUUGGUUUGUGAUUAAAUUUUUGACCCCUGAUGAACAUAUUUGUGACCCUAACCUAACUAAGCUCACAUGCUGCUUUUUAUUCUCAUAUAUGCAUGUUGUUUUCUACAGUCACCUUUCUGUAUGUCCCUGCUACGUAUGAAUUUUAAAAUAAUCCCUGCUUUUAAUGUCACCAUUUGAUCAUAUUUUUCUGAUCACAGUUGUGCCUAAAGCAUUUUCUAGAUUUUCUCUGAAAUACAUCACACACAUAAUAUUUAUUCUAGGAGCAAUGAUUUAAUCUGGCUUUUUGUUAGAUCAAAGCAGGUUUUAUACUGUAUUUUUUGACUAUGGAAACCAUACUCACAUGAUCCUAUCUAAGUUUUCCCCAGGCCCUUAACUUGUGAAAUGCACUGUAAGAGUCUCUGGUUUCACUAUUUACACUCACUGAUACUAAACAAUACAAGACAGAUGGUUUGAAACUAAAUCAGGACGGAUGGAAGCCUUGUUCUCUACAUUUCCUUUUGUCUGUGCUCAUGCAGCUGAAUGCUUGGGUUGUGGUCCAUGACCCGCAGUAGAUGUUCCUGUUUGAAUGUGGUAAGUCCUGACACCUAAAAUGAAACAUUUCUCACAUCCUUGGCUUUAAAUGUCGCUGUUCGUUGUUUGUCGUUAUUCAGGUUUCUGGUAUGUGUUGACCCCAGCUGUUAGGAAAGCCCCAGUAAUGACUCCUGUGUAGAGGAUUAUGUGAGUUUAGUUACUAAGUGAGUUACGAGAUUAUGUGAGUUUGUCGACAGAGGUGACUCACUGAUCAUCUGGUGUUUUUCAGGACACAAGUUGUUAAAAAGCAGUUCAGAUGUUGGAAAAUGUAGAUGUAUUAUUCCGUUUUAGCAGACUGCUGCAGCCACACGACUCGGCCCUCGUAGGCAAAGUGUGAACAAUAGCGUCGACCUUUUUUAAGAAAACCUCUUUUCUGUGCCUUCGGACAUGGGAGCAUGUGAAUGUUUGAGCUGAACCACAACAACCAAAUCCACCAUCAUGAAUAUGCAGCAGCAGCAGCAGCUGUGUUUGCAUAGGGACCAAAUAAUUUCAUCCUUUUUUUUCCUAUUUAAUAGCUUAAAAUGAGAAAGUUUAAAAUUACUUUUCAGGUCAUUGUCAAGGUAUUGUUCUUUUUUGCUUUGGUUUUGUAUGUGAAAAUAUGUGUCAAUUAAAGCAGUCAAAAUAAAUGCACUCUUAUGAAGUUCA